AUGGACGAAAUGAUUGUACCCAAUUCUUGGAGCGUGUCGGUAGGUUUAAAGUCUGGGAAGCUCUUGCUUCGGGACAUCUUGAGUAUUCCGAGCAUGUUAGUUGGGGGAGCUGAAUCUAUGCCUGGAAACGAAUUUGGAGAGAGGAUCCACAAUUUCUUUGGACAGGAGGGCCUAUCCCAAGACCAGCAUCAGUCUCAGGUUGUUGGUGGGAGCUGGUCUAAUUUUAGCAAUGGUCUUGUCGGAAACCAGAGGCAGAUAGAUCCAUCCCUUAUUUCCAAUCUGAAGAGUUAUAGCACACAACAAUCUGUUGAUCCUGAGAGAGGGCAAUCUUCACAUUCACAGCAUGGUUUGAAUUUUACGCAGCAGCCUAUAAGGCCCGAGUACUCGAGAAGUCUGUUGCAAGAUAACCAGCAGCUCACAAAUGGUUACAUGCAUGGGCAGGCAAUGCCCAGUGGUGGAAAUUUUUUGGGAGUCGAUGUAGAAUCUAGUAGAGAUACGUUAUCAGCGAAAGGGUUCACUCCAGACCUUCAUAAAAGUCCUAUGAGGUUUGAGAUGGGAGGAGAGUCUCCGGUUAAUUAUGAUUUCUUUGGUGGUCAACAACAGUUAAACAGCCAGCUCCCUGGCAUGCUCCAGCCCUUUCCAAGGCAGCAGAUGACGUUCAAUGAUAUGCAACUACUUAAGCAGCAAGUUAUGGUUAAGCAAAUGCAUGAAUAUCAAAUGCAACAGCAGCUUCAAAAGCAACAGCUAGAGGCCAGGCAGCUCAAUUCUUUGAAUUCGAAUGCUGUUAAUGGAAGUCGCUCAAGUGAUAAUCAGUCGCAUCCUUUGAUAAAUGGCAUCCCUCUUCAGGAUGCGCCUAGUAAUUUUUGGCAGCCUGGCCUUAUGGCAGGAAAUGCACACUGGAUGCAUCGCGGCGUCUCGCCAGUUGUUCAAGGUUCAUCCACGAGGAACAUGAUUACUCCUGAGCAGGGGCAAGCGAACUUAUUAGCACAACAGUUUGAACCAUCCUUCUACGGCAUGCCUGUUGGUGGGGCAAAUGCACCUCAAAAUGCCUUUUCUUCCGUUCAGAUUAACAGAUUGCCUGCGCAACAUGGUUCCUCUCUCACCAAUCAGCCAACUUCAUUUGUGAAUCAAGGUGAUGUACAGGAUAGCCAUAUGCUCCCUAAACCCACAUACCAGGAGAAAGUGCUGUUCUCCAAUACGUCAGUUCCAGGUUCAAAUAAUAGGCCCAAUUUUGAAAGUUUCCAGGAAGAUGAUUCCCGCGAGAGGAAAAUGAAUGUGCAGGAAAAAUUUGGUAAGAUAGAGGGUACUGCUCCAUCAGAAAAGUCGUAUAUGAAAGUGCCUGAAAAUAUAAUUGCAUUACAGAAGUCGACAACAUUAGAUCCAACAGAAGAGAAGAUUUUGUUUGGUUCAGAUGACAAUUUGUGGGAGGCAUUUGGAAACAGCACGGAUAUGAGCUUGACAGGAAAUCUGAUGUCGAGUAAUUCUGACCUCUAUGAUGCAUGCCCUUCCUUGCAAAGUGGGAGUUGGAGUGCUCUUAUGCAAUCUGCUGUAGCAGAGACAUCCAGUGAUGACGCAGGCUUUGGUAGUAGGGGCCAGGAUCUGGGUGUCAAGGCUUCAAAUGCACUAAGUGAGAGACUCCAUAGUGAUUCCACUCGUACAUCUGCUCAACAUUUGCUUGGCAACGUCCCGUUGGAGAAGCCAAUGGGUCAGCGUAGUCAGAUGGCUGGAAACUUUUUUCAUUCUUCAAGUUCUGGGAUUGAAGGACAGAAUAAUACGUGUUCUAUUCAAAAGAACGAGGGCAGUGAAGAUAGAUUUGGUAUCUGGAAGGCCGCUUCUAAUCCAAAUUUAGCUGCUCUGAUGGAACAGAAGAAUCAUUUCACGCAAAAUCUACAAAUGCAAAGCGCCAGCUAUGGACUUGGCAUUGCCGGUGCCGGAAAUAAUUCUAGUGCUUCUAGGGAUGUCCAGGGAAAUAUCCAACAGAAUAAUAACUCCGUGGAGAAAGCUGUCCCUCAACUGAAUUCUAAAGAUGGUAGUCAGAUUCUUGAGUCAUAUGCGAGUAAUAAUGCUGGUAAAGUCAUGGCUGAAUCGAACGAAAUGAGGAAUUCUGGAAAGGAGAACUCAAAUGAUAGUUUUCGAUUGAAGUUCUCACGACAGUCUUUUACAGAAGAUACUCAGGUAAAUGCUCGUGAUUUGUCUAUGUUACCUGGUGGGAAAGAAACACAAUCUGGUCAUGUGGGUAGUAGCCCGUCGAUAAGUCGCAAAUUUCAGUAUCAUCCCAUGGGUAAUAUUGGUGUCACUGAGGAGCCUUGUCGAGAGAAAGUUUCUCAUUUGCCACCCACGUCGGAGCAGGUUUCUGUAGGAAACCAAGGUUAUUCACCAAUGAACAUGCGAAUGGACAGGGGACAAGUUUCACAAAACGACUUGAAUUGCACAAACGAGAUUUUUAAAGGCAUGGUGUCAGGAAAUCCACCUAGUACAUCUGCUUCAGGCGACAGAAGUGUUGAUAUGUCUAAUCAAGUUAAGAGUGCUUCGUCAAGGCAAACUAUGCUUGAGCUUCUACACAAGGUGGACCAGUCGGAGGAGCAUUCCUUGGAAGAAACUGUUUCUGGGAUUCCUGAAACAACGUCCUCUGCAGAAUAUGGUGGUCAAUUUCGGCAUAGUCAGUCAUCUGCUUCUCAGGGAUUUAGUCUACAGCUGGCACCUCCAUCUCAACCAGCUCGCUCACCUGAUAACGUGCAGUUUUCAAUGAAUUCUAUGCAGCCACUGAAUUCACUUCAUACUGCCCCUGAAAAAUGUGGAACAAGUCAAUCAAGGUUUGCCCCAUGGGCAUCUAAUCAAUCUUUUCCUCAGCAAUCCACUUAUCAAGGACCAGUUCCUGGAGAAAGCAAUGUUAGCUCUGGUUUCCCUUAUUCCAAAGGGUAUCACCAAAAUCAACUGAUGACUCAAGGGAAAGAAAGAGAUGGCAGUGACUUUGAGCAACGUGGACAUUCAGCACAAACACCUUCCCUGCCAAAUCAAACAAUCCACAACGAUAAAGGACAUUCAGCUGAAGGAUUUCGUAUGCUGUCUGCUUCACAGCCUCUGGUUGCAUUUAGCUCUCCUCAGCCGAGUUCCUCUGCUGGUAUGAUGUCUAACUCACGAGCCGGUAUUUCAGCUCCGCAACAUCGGUUUUGGAACCAGCCAUCAAAGCCUCAGACAGAUAUUUCACGGCUGCAUCCAUUUCCCACCAACCACGUAGAUGGGAGCUUCUCAAGGCAGGAGAACAAACAUCAAUUAUCCUCCCAAAAUGGAGGAGACAUGUCAUUAAGUGGGAGAGACAUGGUGAAUAUGCAUGGUUCACAGAGUAAAGAUAUGGGUGCAAAACAAACAUCUGACGCUGCUUCGUUAUUCUCCAAAAUGGCGCAGAGCAAUCAUCAAACCUUUGGUCGCUCUCUUCCGUCAAACAACCUUCCAAAAGAUAAAUCGCCUCACGAUGAACAUAUGGCUGGAAGUGGGGAGGGUGUCGCACCCAAGAUGACUGUAAAGAGAGUUGAAGAUAGUGCUAUUCAUCUGCAAAAGGUAACUUCCAAAGGGGAGCAACAGUCACCUUCAAGAUCUGAUGGUUUAGUUAGAGAUGGAUUGAAUCACAAAGAACCGGCGAACCAAAUGCUGCAUUUUGGCCAAACGGAUUCUCAGAGUUUCGCCAAUAAGAAUCAUUCAGCCUCGGCUGGAACAGAUCAUCAACAAAUCAGUCCUCAGAUGGCCCCAUCGUGGUAUAGUCAAUAUGGGACUUUCAAGAAUGGACUGGUGCAACCCGUGAAUGAUACAGGGAGAUUCACCCCCUUGAAGACAGGAGAACAAUCUUCUAAUGUUGGGAGUUCGGUUGAUGGUACACAUCCUGUUCAAUCGUCAAAGCAGUUUAAUGUGCAGCAAAAGUCGGGAUCCGCGCCAGGAGCGGAGACUCCCUCAUCCGAGUCAUUGCCUCAUGGUGCUACUGACAAAAUUCUCAAGGUUGAUAAACCAAAGAAGCGCAAAACCGCCACAUCAGAACUUCGGUCUUGGAAUAAAGAAGUCAUGCAGGGUUCUCAGAGGCUUAAGACUCUCAGCGAGGCCGAGCUUGAUUGGGUUAGAGCGACGAAUCGAUUUGCUGAAAAAGUGGAAUUUGAGACUUUACUUGAGGAUGGCCCACCAAUCAGAUCAAAGAGAAGGCUUAUAUAUACAACACAACUUAUGCAACAACUACUUAGCCCCCCUCCUGCAACGGUGAUAUCCUCGGUUGCUAGCUCAAAUUAUGAGUUUGUUGCAUAUACUACUGCAAGGGCUGCACUAGGAGUUGCAUGUAGCUCCACUUCUACCGACAGUUCGCCCACGAACAAUUCAACCCCGCUGUCUGAGAGAGCGAAAACUGAAACAAUCAGUGACCAGUACAUCUGUAAAGCUGCUGAAGAUUUCAUUAGUAGAACACGGAAACUAGAGACCGACUUUGCAGGACUAGAAAAAGGAACUACAAUUGCAGACUUGAGCGUCGAAGUCCAGGAUCUAGAGAAGUUUGCAGUGAUCAAUCGUUUUGCGAAGUUCCACCCAACAUCCUCAUCUCUGGACCGGACCGUGAGUUCACUUAGGUUAAACCCACAAAGAUAUGUUACCAUAGCUCCAAUGCCUCAGAAUAUUCCUGAUAGGAAUCCUGAGAACAGUGAAGGCCUCUGUUGUCAAGAAGCCGGAGAUUUCCUACUAGACAUGUAG